AUGGGGUUGCGUAGUGACCUCAGGGACAUCUCCGGCGACUCCAUCCCGCUGAUCCUGCUGGCGGCCACCGCCUGCUGGGUUUCCUCCCUGCGGGGCUUCUUAUUGAGUGUCCUUCACACUUUCGGCCUCCACCGCGGAAUCGGCCCCGCCAUCGCCGGCCUCAUCGUGCUAGCAGAGCAGCUGGUCGCCCGGCGGCCAUUCUCUGAUGGGUUCGACGGGGAGGAGUGCUCGGUGUGCUUGGAGGGCGUGAAGGAGGGUGAGAGGGUGCGGAUGCUUCCCUGCUGCCGUCACCUGUUCCACAGCCACUGUCUCGACCGCUGGUUCGGCCAGUGCAAGCGGAGCUGCCCCCUCUGCCGAUCAUCUCUGGUGCCCGAGAACCAGGUGAUCGGCUCUGAGUUGGUUCAUUGUCUUCAUCCCAAUUGA